AUGGCAGCGAGACUGUUUCGGAAGAGAUUCGAGGACGCAGAAGCGCUCUUCGACAGCGGCGAUAUAGCUGGCUGCAUAUUGGCAGCUCAGCGCAACAUAACUAAUGUGUUACGACGAGCGACGGAAAAGAAUGAUACGGGUUCGCUCACCCUCCUACAAGACCUCCGUGAGGAGCUUGACUGGUUGGCUAGGCAGCGAGACGAAUAUCUCCAGGAACACAAAGCAUGGAUGCUUGAGCAAGAGGGAGAGGACGAUGAAGACAAGACGGAUUCGGAAGCAGAUGGAAUUGAGCUAGACGACAGCGAGGAGGAUGCGGAGAUGGAAGCCGAGGGCGUUAAGUUAGGCGAGGGUAACGCGCUGAUACUUCUUCCGAUCCGCGGACACCAACCGGUCAUCGAGGCACUUGCUAUGGGCACUGUGCCAGUAGAAGAAGAUAAGAGAGAUAACGAGGGCCGGGAAGAAGUCACUGCCGGCGACGAGGAAGGUGAAGAAUGGAGUACGGGAAAGAUGCUAGGAGGCGGAGAGCAAGCAAGCACUGGCGAUGAUGGCCAACUGCCCGGAACGCCGGGAGUUAAUCGAGAGGACAAGCGUUCUGCCGUUCUUGCAGGGGUCGAAUUCCUUCUCGAAUGCCAGUCGUACAUACCGGAGCAUAUGCAAGCUUGUCUUCCACAGCUUCCGCAGCUUAAUGGUUUUAGAUACUACAAGGACGAUGUGCUCAGUUACAAGCCCUAA